AUGGCUGUGUUGAACUUGUACUGUGAGCAUUUGUACUUGUCCGUGCAUCCCGUAUAUUCCGCUUUAGCGGGGUGUUACAAGCUUGCUGGAUUAUUUUGGGCUGAUGAGAUUGCGAGACAGAAUUACAUAGAAUUUGGAGAUAUCAUCUCAUUCGAUGCCACAUACAGAACUAACAGGUACAAUAUGAUAUUCGUACCUUUUACAGCCAUAGACAACCACAAGAAGACAGUUUCUAUUGGAGCAGGAAUGAUAAUCAACGAAACAGCGGAAUCUUAUGAAUGGUUACUGAGGGCAUUCUUAGGUGCAUUUGUUGAACAACCUAGGAUGGUUGUGACUGACCAAGAUGUAUCAAUGAAGAAGGCAAUUGCAACAGUUUUCCCAGAUUCACGACAUAGACUGUGUAUGUGGCAUAUAACUCAAAAGCUAUCUUCAAAAGUUAGCAAAAGGAUUUUUGAAAACACUGAUUUCAAAAAGAAAUUUAACCAAAUUGUUUGGGAUGUAUCAAUAAGUCCAGAAAGGUUUGAGAGGAAAUGGAAAGAGAUAACGAAAGAGUUUAACUUGGAAGAUGAUGCAUGGUUUAAACACAUGUAUGAGAUAAGAAACUCAUGGAUACCAGCAUACUUUCGAGAAUUGGCAAUGCCAGGUCUAAUGAGAACGACUUCUCGAUCUGAAAGUGAGAACUCUUUUUUUAAGAAUUUCACAAACCCUUAUGCCACAUUGGUACAUUUUAUGAUGUCUUAUGAAUCUGCAAUGGAGAGGCAAGGAUAUAGAUUGGAAAUUUUAGAUCAUCAAUCACACAACAAGAAGCCAAGAAUUAUGACUGCAUUGAAUUUUGAAAGGCAGGCUUCCAAGUUGUACACACGGACAAUAUUUCUGUUGGUUCAAGAAGAGAUAAAACAAUGUCUUUAUAAUUGUUCUCAGAUAAGUGUUUCUAAUGAAGGAAGUAAUGAAGUAAUUAUUAUUAAAGAGAACAGAGAGAUCAACAAGAAACCAGAGAAAAAACCUCCAAGAAAUAAGAAAAGAAAAGAAUAUGAGGAUGAAGAUAUUGUUGAAGAUAUAGUAACUGUGCACGAAGAAGACCCCGAAGAUGGAAUUAAGGAAUCAACAAAAAAUGCAAAACGACAUACUGCUUGCACAUCUGGAACUACAACUCUGAAAAUGAUAUACACAUUUAAGGCUGAUUUACUAUUUUUUUCUUUUAAGGUUUUACUCAACAAAGAUGAAGAUACUAUUAAAUGCACAAAUGAUAUUCAAGAAAUUCCAGAAAAAUACAUUCUUAGAAGGUGGAGAAAGGAUUUAAUACCACCAGGAAUGCGUACAAGAAGAAAAAGGUUCGGUGAGUCGAGUGAAAAAUGUGACAAGCUUGCUAAUGAGUUGCAUUUCAUUGUAGAGAAUUGUGUCAGCAUAUUAUCAAAAGAUAUACCAAAACUUUCUGAUUUUGUUAAGACAGUUAGAGAAUUGAAAGACAAGAUUGAAGAUAAUGUUUCAACUUCCAGAACAAAGAAAACAAAGGAAGUUAUUCUGGAUUUCCUAGGUGUUCAACAGCCUGAAACAAGGGAAGUUGAAAAUCCUGCAGUUGUAUGUUAUAAGGGGAGUCAUUCAGAUUCAAGUUUGAAAAGUUCAAAGGAAAUCGCAAUGGAAGAGCACGCCAAGCCAAAGAGAAAAUGUGCAAAUUGUGGCUUAAUGACGAAUCAUGACAAAAGAAACUGUGCAAAGAAGAAACUAGAAGAAGAAAAGGCUAAAGCGAUUGCAGAAACUCUUCAAAGAUUUAAAAAGAAGUAA